AUGGGUAAGAGGCGUCCAAACCAACCGCCUCGACGACCAACAAAACCAGAAGAAGUAAUGUCCACAAAGCAACAAACUAUUGAACUGAGCGAUUUAGAUCUUCCGCAGUUAGCAGAGGUUAAGAAACAACUGGAUGAAGAAUUGUCCCAUUUAACUGCUUCCUUUGGAAAAUUGAAGCAAGCACAGGCACGUUUUCAGGACUGUAUAGAUAGUUUACAUAAUAUCAAAGCAAGAACACCGGGUGAACUGCUUGAGACGGAUAAAGUGAUAGUAGAUGUUGGAACUGGAUAUUAUGCUGAAAAGACUUCAGAUGACGCCGUAAAAUUUUAUUCGGAUAAAGUCGAUUUUGUCAAAAAGAAUUUAGAUAAAUUACAGGAAACGAUUAGUACAAAACAAAGAAAUUUACAAU